AUGAAAGGUUAUUCGAGGUGCCCCUCGGUUAUCGAACACAUAUACCUCGAUACUGGCUCACAUCGGCCGGGAACCGAGGAGCCUUUGUCGACCUUAAAAUCAGAGGAUAAGGGAUGCUUUGUGUCGACGCCACAAGAGAGUGGUGGCAAUAGAAGGCGCCCAGGAAAUAUUGGAGAGGUAGCUGUAUUUGUUCCUGGAUUACGUAUUCCUAUGGCGGUUGAUUUCUCUUUGGCUCUUCGUGACCACUUGUCAAAAAGCCUAGUGGAGCGCCUUUCUGCUCUGAGAACCAGAAUAGUGGUUAUGGCAGGGCAAGAAGCUCCGACAAUUACAAGGACAAGAAGGAAAACUUUUACUCAGCAUGGAGGUUCAACAAUAGGAAAUCUAUUACAAGCUCUUGAAGAUUAUUUGCCUGUUCUUUUGGGGCUAGUUAAAGAUGGGAGCCCAUUACAACAUAAAGUGCAAUUUAUUUGGAUCAAUCAAGAGGACGAUGCAGAGGAAACUGCAAUUUUUAGUGCUUGGUAUGAAGUCUUAUCUGUUUUGCACUUGAUGGCAACGCUGUCGUUAUCGCAAGCUAACUUACUGCUCCUUCCCAGAACAUCUAUCGAUAGUUACCAGCCAAAGGUAUCAGAAGAAAGCAUGCGAUCUUCUGUUGAUAUUUUCCCUAAGGCUGCUGGAUACCUUGAUUGUGCUGUUCGGAAUGUUCUUCCUCAGUUGCCUGCUGAACAAAGGAGAAAUCUAGCAGUAGACCUAGCUAAAGGAGUACUCCGAGCACCAGAGGCGGAUUCAGGAUUCGAAGGUUCCGGGUGACAAGUUGGUCCAAAAAUUUCAACUUGGCGCAAAGCAUAAAAUUUCCCAAAAUACUACUAAUAUCAUAAAUAUACAUCAUUCCUUUACAAUUGUCCUCAAUGAAUUUUCAUAUUCUGAAAACGGUCAAUAAUAACAUCAUUACUUACAUUUGUAAAUACAUCCCGCUCUAUGUAACAAACUAAACAAUCAUUUAAAUAUUGAUCACCCAUGCUAUUCCGCUCAUCA